AGUUGCCCGGGAGAUCAGCCACUUCCGGUGCGCGUGGUUUUGAAGAUGGCGGACGACGGAGAGCAGCAACAAACCACAAAUACAGUGGAGGAGCCUCUGGAUCUAAUCAGACUUAGCCUAGAUGAACGGAUCUAUGUUAAGAUGAGGAAUGACCGAGAGCUACGUGGACGUUUAAACGCGUAUGAUCAGCAUUUGAACAUGAUCCUGGGAGAUGUGGAAGAGACCGUGACAACCAUAGAGAUCGAUGAGGAGACCUACGAGGAGAUUUACAAAUCCACAAAGCGAAACAUUCCUAUGCUGUUUGUAAGAGGUGAUGGCGUGGUUCUUGUAGCUCCUCCUUUGAGAGUUGGUUAAUUUGUUCCAUCAAGACUGCUCCUCGUGUUCCAGCUGGCGUUUGCUACGAUCAGUGAACCUUUUUGGUACCCACAGGAACUGCAAGGAUCCGUUGGCACUUAAGUUUAUCCUACAGAUGGAUAUGUCUUAUUGCUUUCCUAUAAUGUUGAACAGAUUCGUUUUUUUUUUUUAAUAUUUCUGUGCAAAACCUUAUUUUGCAGCUAAUGGCAGACGCCACAGCGUUCCUUUUUUUUAUCUGAUUAGGUUUUAGUUUAUUCAAGUGGGGAUGAUAUAAGUUUUCCUUUCUGUUGACAUCCGAUCCAUAAGCAAUACAGGUUUUACUGUAUUAUGAAUGAUCUAAUAAACUUAUAUUUACCAU